AUGGGAGGUCGGGCUGAAGUGCACGAGAUUGUUGCGACAUCCAAGGGUAAGCACUCCAAGACACCCAGGGUUGCUCGGCAACGGCAACGGCAGCAGCGGGAUGAUACAGUAGAUGAAUGGGAUGCCGAAAGCAGUGAUGACGACAGCAAUACCGGAACAAAACAACAAGACGUGUUCAAGACUUCCAAGGACCAGUGGAUCGAAGCUAAUUCGCAGGCACCAGCUGCUGUGCCAUUAGUUGCGUCUGCUCCCGGCCGCAGCCUCCCGGAUGCCGCGUACGGACACUGCCUGCAGAGCAACCCUGGCGCGCAAGCCCCAGCAGCUUUGCCGAGCAAAAGCGGCAUCACAAUAGCACGAGCACCACCACGCAUUCUACAGCGUCCCAAAGAGGCGGCUCCGGGCAUACGAAGCGAUGGCGUGGCAGUCAAUGCGUCGAAAGCAGGUUCUCAAGAACAUAAGACAGUCGAGCAACGGCAACAUGAGUAUCGUCUAGCGCGCGAAAGGAUUUUCGGUGCUCCAUCCAAGCCAACUUCUUUUUCAAGCAAGAACAGCCUGUCGAGAAGCUGA